AAUAAAAAUUUUAAGUUUAAUUUUUACAUUCAAAUUAUGAAUAAAAUAUUUAAUUAUCAAAUGAAAAAGUUUUUAAAUAGUUGAAUGAAUAAUAAAUAUUACUUCGAAAUAUUCAAAACCCUAAAAUAGUUAAAAAAAAACGAAGAAGGAAAAAAUAUUCGUCUCCGGUCUCGUCAAUCAAUUCGAAUUGUCAAAAAUUUCAAUUUUAAUAUUCUCGCCAACCAAACAUUAAAAAUAUUUUGGUUAAAAUUAUAGAAAAACGAGAGGACCUACAAAUUUUCGCAUCACUAUGGAAUCACCUCCUUCAACGGAAGUAGUCUAUCAAGGAAUUUACACUUUAUUCAACAAUCCAAAUUCCAGAGACAAGGAAAAGGCUUCAAAAUGGCUAGAAGAGUUCCAAAAAUCGAUAUACUCGUGGACUAUAGCAGAUGAAUUGCUCCAACAAAAACGUGAUCUUCAUUCGUGUUACUUUGCGGCCCAGACCAUGCGAAACAAGAUUCAAAAUUCUUUCAAUGAGCUACCUCCAGCCUCCCACGAAAGCCUACGCGACUCACUGAUAGCGCAUAUCUGCCAGAUCACAAGUGAAACAGAUCAAAUCAUCGUUACUCAGUUGUGCUUGGCUGUGGCGGAUCUGGUGUUGCUGAUGGCAACGUGGAAGGAUCCAAUUCUAUCUUUAGUGGAGUCUCUGUCCAAGCGGUCAGAAACUGUCUGGCCUCUGGUGGAAAUUCUGACAGUGAUUCCCGAAGAAAUCGACUCACGUUAUCUGCGAUUGGGAACCAACCGACGCAAAGAGAUCCACAAGCAACUGGAAGAAAGUGCUUGCACAGUGAAUGAGUUCCUGUUGGCUUGCCUGUCCAAUUACAUGCAAAACGAAUUCAUACUCAAUAAGGUGACAAGAUGCUUUUCCUCGUGGAUUGGAAUUCAUGCUAUUCCCCUGAAAACGUUUCCCGAGAGUCCAUUGGCCCGACACGUCUUCAAUAUGCUUAGUUCGACGGAGACAACCCCUAAGUUGCACGAUUCCGCAACCGAAUGCCUCUGCACACUCUUAGGCUGCAUGGAGGGCAAUAAUAAUCAUUUCAAUGUCGAUCAAAUGCUCGAGUUGCAGAUCUUCAACGGAGUUCUGGCUCUGGAGAAUGCCUACCACAACAGCAUCGCUCAUGAAGAGGCCGAAAAGACAAUAAACUAUUGUCGCAUUUUUACGGUCAUGUGCGAAUCAUUUCUGUUGCUGAUGCUCUCGAAUCCAGAGACGCCACAUUAUUCAAUGAAAGGACUUGAUUUAGUUCUGUUGUGCGUGGGGCAUUAUGACUAUGAAGUAGCGGAGAUUACAUUCAAUUUAUGGUAUCGCCUCAGCGAGGAGCUGUACCAGAAGAAUAACGACGCUUUGACAAUGCAUUUUAAGCCUCAUAUUGAAAGACUGCUGGGAGCGCUGUAUCGACACGCCCAAAUGGACGCAGAUCACGAUGGACUUAUCGAUGAAUCUGAUAAUUUUAACGACUUUCGAAGAAAAGUCUCCGACCUCAUCAAAGACGUUAUUUUCAUCGUCGGAUCAGGAGCGUGUUUCAAGCAAAUGUUCAUCACCUUGCAGAAUCCUGCUGCUACGUGGGAAAGUACAGAAUCGGCUCUUUUCAUAAUGCAAAAUGUAGCUAAAAAUAUUAUUCCUGACGAAAAUGAAGUUGUACCCAAAGUUGUGGAAGCGAUACUGAAUCUUCCUGAGAAUACUCACAUCGCCGUUCGUUACACGUCCAUAAUGCUGCUGGGAGAGUUAUGCGAGUGGAUCGAGAAUCACCCUGAAUCUCUGCAAGCAGUUCUCAAUUUUCUCCUCUAUUCCCUCCAGCAAAAGAAUGGCUUAGCAGCAGCUGCUGCCAUCGCUCUCACCUCGAUAUGCACUGCCUGUCGCCAGCAGAUGAGUUUUCAUCUUAAUGGACUCAUCGAAAUUGCCCGCAGUUUAGAUAGCUUUGAAAUAUCGAAUGAACUUGCGAUUGGACUGUUGAAGGGAAUCUCCCUCAUACUGACGAGAUUGCCUCGCGAGCAACUCGAACCGGGUUUGCGUGAAAUCUGUUCCUUCCAAUUGAAUCCUUUGGCUCAGUUAGUCGAGACGGGAAGUCUGACGGUGAAGAAGGGUGAGCGCACGGAUCCUGCUUAUUGGAUCGAUCGUGCCUGCGCAAUCAUCAGACACACAAACCCAGACAUCCAGGCCGAUGAAGUGCAUCCCACCUUGGCAAUAAUCACUGACGCCUGGCCAUUAAUUUCUAGGGUAAUGGAGAAAUACCAAAGCGAACUGCGGAUAAUGGAACGAACCUGUCGUCUAAUUCGAUACGCAGUUCGUAUGGUGGGAAAACUGGCAUCGCCACUGGUGGAACCACUUGUCAAGCAAAUGGUCUGUCUCUAUGUUGUGCAUCAUCACAGUUGCUUCUUGUACCUGGGAAGUGUGCUGGUCGAUGUGUUCGCAAAGUCCGAAGAGUGCAUCGCUGGUCUGCUCGAAAUGCUUAAAGCUUUUAUCGAACCCACUUUCAAUAUGCUGCAGGUGGAGAAUGGUUUGAAAAACAAUCCCGACACAGUGGACGACUUCUUUAGAUUAUGCUCGCGAUUCAUCGAAUGCUGUCCGGUGCCGUUUCUCCAGAGCCCACUAGUGACACCGAUUUUCCAAUGUGCAUUGUUGGCAUGUACCCUCGACCAUCGGGAAGCCAAUUCGUCGGUGAUGAAAUUCUUUUGCAAUAUUUUGCGUUGGGGUCGCACCACCUACAGAUAUCCCGAAUGUCGUCCACUAGUCAAGAGCAUUGCUCAACAAAACGGCGAAGCGCUGGUCAUGAAUUUAAUACACGCCUCAGUAUUUUGUUUGCAUUCGUAUAUGAUGCCAGAUGUUGCUGAAGUCUUAAUGGAAAUUAAAUCAGUCGAAGGCGAGAAUAUGGAAGCGUAUUUGAAGAGAGCACUAGACGCAUUGCCAAAGAAGAACAGUGGUGGCUAUGUGACAGCAACGCAAGAACAAUUGGAUGAAUUUUGUAAUUCAGUUUUAAAGGAAGAUGAAAUAAAAGCAGUGACAAUAGCUCUUAAAGAAUUCACCAGACUAUUCCGAUGAAAUUUCAUUUAAAAAAAAAAGAAAAGUUGUGAGAAGAAAGGAAAUUGCGUUUGAUUUAAUUUCAUGUAGACUAUUAGAUUAACUAAUAAAGAAAAUUGACAUGUUUAAAUUUUA